AUGCCGCCUCCCUCUUCUCCGCAGCAACGAGAUCCCGCGCUAUCUUACAGCGGCGCACGGCCGCCUCCGCUACCAUCCUUCAGCAAUGGUCGCGAUCUCCCAGGCCUGGGAGGAAUCAACCGGCCCGGGAGCAGCAUGUCCAUCUCAUCUCUCAUUGGAGGUGAGGCGACUACUGCUCAGAGUGCAGCCCAGCAAUCCCCUCCAAAUGCUGUCAGGCCACUCUCACCGCCAAUCAGGGGCAUGCGUCCUCCGUCCCCACGGCGACGUCCUUCACUGGGCUCCCGAGUCGAGUUCGGGGCCUAUAGGCGGGCUCAGACGCCCGAGAUGCACUCGUCAGGCUCUGCGGCUAGACCGAAUGACCUCUCUGCGUACGCUACCAGCUCUUCGCCUCGCUUGUUCGCAGGAGCGGGAGGCUCGCCCGACCAGGCACGCCACAGCUUCCCGCAUGCGACUCAUAACCAUGGGGCACUAACCGCGCUGGGCGCUCGACCGUACCAAUCGUCGCCCAGUGAUCCAGAUAACAAGGACUCAGACAAUCGGACAGGACCUGCAGUGCCUCCAAGGCCAAAUAGCCAGCCCGCGGCGCUUUUCGCGCCCCCACCAGAGUUAGGAGCGAGGGACAGGCUAGGGGCUCCUGUCUUUAGACACCCUUUCCUCGGGCCUUCAGCUGAAGACCGCGGAAGGAUGUUGCAAGAGUCUCACCAGCAGACGUCCGGCGGUUCCGACCCAACUGAUCGAUCCUCACAGCAACGCCUUGACGGGGAACGGGCCACCCCAGCACAACCCCCGUUUCAAUCCGCAUUCGGACCUCCACAGGGACAGCAGCACCCGGCACCACAGAAUGGACCGUCACAGCCGCCUUCGAGGACCUUUCUGGGCUGGCCACAGCUCCAAGAUGCACGUCUGCGAGAAGCAAGUAAACCAGCGAGAGAGGAGUCUUCCGCAUCGUCUAGGUCUGGCUUCUCUUCCCAGGUAGCCGGUAACCAAGGCCACGGAGUUCCUACAGGGCUCGGAGCGGACGCCCCAGGCCGUCAGCCGCAUACCCUGGAUCAAUUGCGACAGCGACUAAUGGGGCAGUAUCCUGGUACUAGUCGUGACGGUGAACGGCGAACAGAGCCGCCACCGGCUUUGACUCCGCUAGGUGGCGCGAACAGCGUCCAGUCACGUGCCCCGUCGUUCGACCAUCCCAUCCGCCGACCGGGCGAGGACAUGCAACUGCAACGGUCGCUGUUGGGUAUCAGUCCUGAAGCCAGCCGUCGCACUGGCCGUGCCUCUCCGCUGCCUCAAGCUGUGCAAGGGGUGCAAGCCCAGCUUGUAGGUCCGAGUGGAGAUCCCAACAUUAAGAGCGAGUUUGGACGGAUGUUUGGCGGCCUUGGCGGCCUUGGUAGCGCCCCCGGUGGCAACGGGACAUCUACUCCAUCUCGACAAAGUCCGAUGCCACAGAAUGGGGCGGAGUCCUUACCGCCAUCCAAUGACAGCGAAGGCGCGAGGAUGGCUAGGACAGGAUCUCAAGCUGGUAGAAGAGGCAGAAGAGUCAAAGACGAGGAUGCUCUGGUUGGCAGUGAAAGUGGUGAUGGCCGAGGUACCCCAGGGCUUGGAAGGGGAGGCUCGAAGAGGGCAAAGCAUGCUCAUCCGGCACAUCACCAUCAUCAUCAUCCGCAUAGCCAUCAGUAUUAUAUCAACCCUGUUGCCGCCUUCGGAAAGCUGACGGACAGCAGCCAUCACCAUCACCAUCAUAAGCCAGACGACGAUCUUGCCAUUGUCGGCGCUACUCAACCCGCCAACAACAAUCCUUUUAGUACCCUGCGCUUCAACAAUAACACUCCCCAAAACGUUGGCGGAUCAGCUGCUCAUCACCACCACCAUCAUCACCAUCCGCCGCAUCACCAUCAUCACGCGCCAAAAGCAACCCAGGCGCCCAGACCCUCGUCCCCAAUGCCUACUAAAGCCGUCAACUCCCAACCCGUUGUCGACAGCGUCGCGCCCCUCCCUCGCGAACACUUGGGCAGCAUGCUUUACACGACUUCUCUGAAAAUGCCUCCCCUACCGGCUUACCGACUGGACUCAAAGUUCCAGUACGAGUCCCAGCAUAAACCGAUUCCAAACUUUGAGGGCAAAGAGAACUGCACCUACACCAUCCGCGUGCCACGCUACUACCUCCAGCCCGAUCAGCGCGAGGAGAUCUGCCUCCGUCGCAAUGUUUGGGGCACGGAGAUCUACACCGACGACUCCGACCCCAUUGCCGCCGCCAUCCACGUGGGCUGGAUUCGCGGCGAGUGGGGCGAGGACGUCGACCCGGAUUAUCUGCUUGAGCUCGCUACUGCUGCAGCCAACAUCUCGAACAACAACAAUCAGCCUGACGACAUACCAGAAACAAUGCUGGCGCCCUUGCCCUCUGGCCCUAUCCUCCCACCUCCUAACACAGACCUUCACAUCACGAUCCUCGUACUUCCAAGGUUGGAGAAAUAUGCAGCGAGCACGCGCUUCGGCCUUCGGUCCCGUGCUUGGGGCGUCACAGAUGCCGAGCACUCUGGCCUCAGCUUUAAGAUUCUGAGGCUGGACUGGGUGGAUGAGGCUAGCGGGACUAGGGGUGAGGAGCGGGGCGCGGAGGCUAGAAGGAAGAGGCUGCAGGCUGCGCUGAGUUUGGUAGAGAUGUUUGGUGGAAGGAGCGGUGGGGGUGGAGGGAGGGAUGAGGAAGCCGGGAGAGCGCGGAACGGAACCGGCGCGUUUGGAAGAGUGGCGCAGGCUGUCGCUUGA